AUGGAAGUUAUUUUUAGUGCAGCCCUUAUCAGGGAAGCAAACAAAGUCCAUAAUUCAGAAAACGAGCAGAUUAAGGAACCAGAGAUUGAUGGAGAAAUUUUGCCAACAUGGAAGUUUUUUGUUGAUGGGUCCUCAAACGAACAUAACUCUGGAGCUAGACUCAUUCUUAUUACACUUGAAGGGCAUUGCAUUCAUUACGCACUUAGAUUCGGUUUUAAUGCUUCAAACAAUGAGGCAGAAUACGAAGCUCUCCUGGCAGGAUUACAACUUGCUAGGGAUGUCAGAGCUAUAUCAAUCGACAUAUACAGUGAUUCACAACUGGUCGUAAAUAAGAAUUCUAACGAUGAUGCCUUAGCAAAAUUGUCAAUUGCUAAGGAUGUCAAUACUCUAAACGUAAUACCGGUUGAGAACCUUGCUCAACAUAGUAUAAACGAAUCGAAAAAAAUGCUAUUGCUCAAUAAAACCCCCUUCUGGAUGACUCCUAUUGCAACAUACUUGGAGAAAAGAAUGUUACCUGAAGACAUAAAUGAGGCUCGAAAUUGUUUAAGGCAAGCUGCUAGUUACGUUAUCAUUGAUGGAGUAAUGUACAAAAGAGGAUACUCGAUGCCUCUACUUUAG